UGCAUGGCUGAUGUCAGUAAGCUGUAUGGUAGACAUCUACCUACCAAUCAGGUCACUGCAUACUGCAGACGAGACUUGCUCCGGUUGGCUGGGUACAGGGUGGUGGUAGAACAGCUGUGGAGAUCUGCUGGAGAAUCAGAGCAGACGACAAGUAUGUCUGAGGGAUACGCCCUGCUUCCAGUAGAGGAAGAUGCUGAAAUACCACAAACAUAUGAAGGCUUCGCCAAAAACAGACGACACGGAGAUACGUUACAGGUACCCUACAAAGGCCUAGUCAGGAUGAACAAAUCUUCUGUGUUGAAGGUACUCCUAUCACUAUCUGUGUUACUCAACUUGGCGUUGAUUGGAUUCUUGCUCUGGACUCGAUUUAUGCCCUUUGACUAUUGGUCAAAGGAUGACCAACAAGUGUCACAAACGAACCCCGUGAUUGGUCUGAAUGGACAUUCUUCAUCCACACCUCCAUCAGUUGACCCAAAUCACCACGCCCCCACAGUGCCUACACAGUGUGGGGGUAACUCCAGCUCCAGGUUAACACCUCCACCAUACAAAAACAUAUUCCAUGAUCUGAGAUCAGAAGAGAUCACAUCUGUGAAGGAAUACUUAUUCAAAGUCAAAGAUUUUGAUAUAGUUGAAGCAUUUCAAGCAGAGCUAACAAGUAAUUUUAUCUUCAGUAUUGAGUUACAAACACCAAAUAAAUCGUCCGCCUUGCACUUUUUGGACAACAAGGGGAGACCACCCGCACGCGAAGCACUUGCUGUGCUGUUCCUUCCUACCUUCAACCCGCCAGUCGUGGAGGAAUAUGUGGUUGGACCGCUACCAACUCCAACGUAUCACUAUCGUAACCCCAGGAGAGACAAGUCAAUAGAUUUCAGGGUCCGCCAGUUUAACAACGUUGAGAUGGGCCAUGCUAUCAGAACAGUACAGAACGCAUUAGGAUCUAAGAUUGAGGAAUUCCUUCAUAAACACUAUCAAGCCCAUUUCUUUGGUUGUUCUGGGCAGUGUUUGACAUUCACCAGCUCUGCAGUAAGUUCGGCCUUCUCGAAGGAGAGACGGCUGUGGAUUAACGCUAUGUAUAUGGUGGAAUUCUCCACGUUACAUGCCCUAGGCUUUCAGUUCCUUCUCACAAUGGUUGGUCUUGAUUCUUCUAAGUGGUACAUUGAGAAGGUUUGGUACGCAGACAAACUAUACGACUCUUUUGAUGAUCUUAUCGCAAAAUAUGAACGAGGAGAGACCCCUCGGAUUAAUCUCAAGUUUCCCAAGGUCGAGGCUGGGGAGGACACCCUCCGCGGGUCCCUCAACAUCAAGGGCCAACAGUUCCCAAAGGUGCCCCAGGCCGGGCCCCGCCAGUAUGAGCCCCAAGGUCACCGAUACACAGUCCAGGAUGAACACGUGGAGUAUUUGCAGCAAUGGUCCUUCAAUUAUAGGAUGUCUUACGCCAGUGCUAUUCAGCUUUAUGAUGUGAAGUUUGGAGGACACAGAAUUGCAUAUGAGAUCAGUCUGCAAGAAAUUGUAGUGUUAUAUGCAGGAGCUAAUCCAGCCACCAUGCACGCCCAAUUGGCUGACAGUGCCUUCGGUUUGAGUCGGAACGCUCAUGGUCUAGUUCCUGGAGUAGACUGCCCGGACCAUGCCACGUUCUUGCCUGUGACCCUGUUUGGAGCUGACCAUCCGAAUCCUCUCGACUACCCAAAUAGUGUCUGUAUCUUUGAACACAACAACAACGUCCCUGCACGGCGACACAAGGCCCACAGCUACCGAAGCGGCUCAUACUACCAGGGCCUCGUGGACACUGUCCUCAUACUUAGAACAGUUUACGUCAUGUACAACUAUGACUACAUAUUGGACUUUAUCUUUCACCAAAGCGGCGCCCUAGAGAUUAAGGUGUUGUCAACUGGUUAUAUCCUCAGCGCCUUCUAUACAGAAGAGGAAAAACCGUUUGGAUUCAGAGUGCUUGAUGACACUGUAGGUUCCAUUCAUCAUCAUAUGUUCAACUUCAAACUUGACAUCGAUAUCCUUGGUACCAACAACCGAUACGAGACUUUGAAUUUUAAAGUGGACAACACGACCAGAAGUUGGUAUGACAACGGACAACCGAUUCCUCAGCUAUCGUUUGAACGUGACCUCAAACGCACGGAGCAAGAAGCGGCCUACAAGUUCAAUUUCGAUACCCCAAGAUAUCACGUGAUUUACAACAAUAACAUGGAGAACGUGUUUUCGGGGAAGCGAGGGUACAGACUGCAAGCGCACGGCUUCUCGAAACAGAUGAUUCCUGAGGACCUCGGCGCCCUGAACACCUACACGUGGUCCCGCUAUCAGUUGGCCGUCACCAAACGGAAGGACGAAGAGCCGGUCAGCAGCUCCAUGCACGCUAUAUUCGACAGUGCUGACCCUGUUGUGAGCUUGCAAACAUUCAUUGAUGAUGAUGAAGACAUCGUUGAUCAGGAUCUGGUUGUCUGGGCAACGGUUGGAAUGCUCCACCCCCACACUGAGGAUAUCCCAAACACCCCAACGACUGGCACUGAAGCUAUCAUCACACUACUCCCGUACAAUUACUUCCAGGAGUGCCCCUCCAUGGGAGCACGUGAUGCGGUCCGCAUUGAUGGAGAACCGAAAUUUAGUGUGAACAAUCACGGAAUUCCCCAAAAUGUUAGUUGUGCCCCGAGUCACAUGUCUAAUGACGAUAUCUCUAAACAAAAGGACCAUAUUUUUAUGGCAGCUGGGUGAAGUUAACGGAUAAUCUCCAAGCACCAAAAACAAUCAUCGUUCGUGUAAAUAUCAACAUCAUUUUUGUACAUUUGUCACGUCAAGUUGGUAUCGGUUCAUUUAUGUUCAAUUUCAUUAUUAUUAUUAAAGUGGUACUUGUAUUUUGAA